AUGGGUCAAAGCAUUCCAUGCACCUUCCAGAAUUGCAAAACGACCAUCUACCAUAACGGGGCCUAUGCAGGCUGCGGUUGCUACAAGGGCAUCCGUUCCUACAUCUACCACGGAGGUAUUUGCAUUCAUGCUGGCGGAUUCGAUCCCUCUGGUUUUCCUGGUAGACCAGUGCUCAACUAUUCCAUGGAUCCUAACUUCGGAAUCCAGGACUCGGGAUGCAGUAGUCUUGAGAUGAUGGGCUUUAGUGGGGGCAACAUGAUAAACCAGUUUGGAGGCGGCUAUAGCUAUGACUACCCCAAAGACAGUGACUAUGGGCGGGAGAUGAUGGUAUAUGCCUCCCAUGGUCGGCCGAGCCAACAGAAGUGCAGCUACUGUCCUGAAGGCGAGUGUGCUAUAGAAAAGAAUGCAAUCGAAUCAUUCAUACUUAAACGAAUGAUCGGAGUAGGUGGACACCUUAGAUACGUAAGAUAA